UCCUGUAGGUGAUUCCUGAGAGCUCUACAGCAGCAGAAAGAUGAACGUGUUUGAUCGCUCCAUAAACUUUGACGCUCUCUUUAAGUUCUCUCAGAUCUCUCGCUCCACUCAGCAGCAUCUGAAGAACGUGUAUGCCAGUCUGGCUGUGUGUAUGCUGGUGGCUGCCGCCGGCUCCUACGUCUUCCUCAUCACCAGACUGUUUCAGGGUGGGCUGACCAUGCUGGGGUCACUGGCUAUGAUGGGCUGGCUCGCCAUGACCCCCCACAGCCCUCAGACAGAGAAGAAGAGGUUGGCCAUCCUCGCUGGCUUUGCUUUCUUCACAGGUCUUGGACUCGGCCCACUUAUGGACUACGUCAUUAGCAUCAACCCGAGCAUCAUCCUGACAGCUUUCCUGGGCACCUCUGUCAUCUUCGCCUGCUUCACGCUGAGCGCCCUCUAUGCCAAGCGCAGGAGUUAUCUCUUCUUGGGAGGCACUCUGAUGUCAGGGCUGGUUGUUCUCCUGCUGGUCUCGCUUCUCAACAUGUUCUGGGCCUCAGCCGUGGUCUUUAAGGCUCAUGUGUAUCUGGGUCUGGCCAUCAUGUGUGGCUUUGUGCUGUUUGACACUCAGCUGAUCAUCGAGAAGGCAGAAAUGGGAGACAAAGACUACAUCUGGCAUUGUGUUGACCUCUUCCUGGACUUUGUGACCAUCUUCAGAAAGCUUGUUAUCAUUCUCUCUAUGAAUGAGAAGGUAUUUGAAACAUGGGCUCUGGGCUGUCCGUAA